AUGAAUCACGGGUAUUUAUGGGCCGUCACAAAAGCGGGUACACCACAAAGAAUAAACUCUAAAGAGAAGCCUGAAGCGAACGAGAUCUAUGAUUGGGAGGAUUUUCCUGUGCAUGGAGUCGGCGGUGAACCUGUACAUAUCAUAAAACUAGCCUCAACCCCCGAAGUCGUUUUUGCUAUUGAUCGAGGCGGGCAUGUCUACGUGUUUAGCACACAAACGCAUUUGGCCAUUCGACAAACCGUUACGACAUAUUCGAAUCAGAGAUGGUAUCCGGUGAUUGGAUGGUGUUCUCACACAUUACCCACCGAUCGUCCAACUUUCUCGAAUCAUGAUGGAACUCAACGAUUAACUUUUGAAUCGUUUUCAUUGAGAUCAGAUGGAUGGCGAUGGGAAGAACCGUGGCUUGUUGCACAGGAUUCAAGGCGAUUCGAUAAAGAGGGCUGGGAGUACGGACUAAAUUUCGGGCGCUCGAUCGACUGGACAUCUUCUCAAAAGUCAACUUCUUUUGUUCGGAGACGACUUUUCAAAAGAACAAUGAGAUUUGUGGCCAUCGAACACUGGAUACAAAUGGCGAUGACAAAUUCAGAGCACAAAUUUCUCGACCUUUGCGCCGGGAAUUUCGCAUCGGGAAGUGAGGGAGCAUUUGAUUUGUUUGCUUUAUCGGAAUUUGGGAGAAUUUAUCGACGAGAGGGUGUCUGUAGGAAUAAUCCGGAGGGAUCAAAAUGGGGUCAAAUCGAGGGGAUUUCAUCGAAUGACGGAGGUUUCGAGGAUAUCUCAGCAUUAGGCACCUCGGCAGCGCAUCGUUGUCUCUUGGUGUUGACAUGGGAUGGAAGAUUGUAUGCGAGAUGGGGAAUGACACCCGAAAGACCCCAUGGAAGGGGAUGGAUGCCGAUCAAUCUACCCGGUUCUCAACCGAUCACUGGCUUUGCUCUUGGCUACACAUCACUUUGGAUUGUUUCUGUUGAAGCAAAGAUCUUCACUUCAAAUGUGAGCGUCGAUCACAAAGGCAUUCAUUUGACGCAAACGAAUUUCCGAGAAGCCGGUGAAGCGAUGUGCCGGAUGAGUUGUUCGCGGAAUGAUCAGGUGUUCGCAAUCGCAAAUGGCACGGAAGUGCUACAUGUGAGAACGGGCGUUUGCCCCGAGGAACCAUAUGGGAAAAUUUGGACGCCGAUGGUGCAUCGAAAUGGAGAAAAUCGAAUGUUACAAGUGGACGCCUCAACGGUGAGCUUCACUCAUCGACGCAUCCCGAAAGCGUGGAUUGACGAGAAUUUUGCCCCGUCCACUCUCGAUCUCUCGCAGAUUCGUGAUGCACAAUGGAGGGUUAAGAUUAUUUCCGAACUCCGCGAGAUGAAUGACCGUUGUUGGGGUGUUUUCCAAGAAUCAAUCGAUGGACCAGAGAUAGAGAAUUUCGCGAGAACGGAUGAUCAAAAAUGGAGACUAGAGACAAGAGUGGCUGCAAUUAUUGCAAAUACAGGUCUUCUCAAUUGGUCGGAAGGGGUUUUUCAAUUGAGUGACACGGAGAUCCAUGUCACACUAAAAAGAGGAACCGUUUAUCGGAGACCGUUGGAAGAUUUGUGCGCAAUUUAUCCAAUUUCUUCUUCAAAACCCGCAAUUUGCGUAUCGAUGAGACCACUGUCGUCCAGUUCGUUGAUUCGAAUCGGUUUCUCAACAGACGAUGAAAGAGUUCAAUGGAUACAUGAAUUGGAAAAGGAAAUCCGUCGCUGUGCCGUCCUUCUUCCACGAGAUCGUCGCUCUCAAUGGGCUUUUUCCAUUCUCGACGAUGGAACGCCUCGCUGUCAUGUGAUCAGUCAAAUGCGAGCCGAUAAGAAUAAUACGCAAAUACCCGUUUCCCUUGACUCGGCUCCAACUCUUCUCGUUCCCGGACAUUUCAUUGAUAUUUCUGCAGGCAGUGAACGGGUUGUGUGGGCGAUCACGUCGGCCGGCCAUGUUUACGCUCUCGAGUCUCGUUAUGAUCCAUUGGAUGAAGAAGUGGAAUACACAUAUAAACAAUAUGAUGCACAAAUUGAGACACUGAUUGAGCAUCAAAAGUACGCGUUUUUUCGCGGCUUUUUACCAUUCGAUGGCUGUAGUGGGAAUGUGUAUGCAUGGUGUGAUUUAUUUGGGAAACAAAAGGAUAAAACGAUGAGAUUGCCAAGAGGGUGGACGUGGUCGGACUUGGAGUGGAAACUCAAAUCCGAUUGGGAAUUUGGAGUGAGAUUGGAUGGAGAAUGGGGAGUGGCUGAGAAAAAGGCAAGUGCACGUCGACGGGUUUGGCAACGCGAACGAGUAUUCGAGACAUCGGGUCCAUGGAUACGGGUUGAUUGUCCUCCCGCAGAAAGUGUUCAUGUAUCAAGAAAUAAUGAUAUGAUUUUAACAUGGGUGAUCACGAAGUCGGGUGAUGUUUUGGUGCGUUUGGGAUGCUGUCGAGCUGGCCCACAAGGACAAGAUUGGUUUCAUGUAUCCUCGGAAUGGCCAAUUCGUCUCCUUUGCAUUUCGAGUGGAAAUCGUGUGUGGGCGCUCACGAAAUGCAAUCGUUUAUUGGUGAGAGAAUGCGCGAAUGCGGUCGAUAUCUACAAAAUUGAUUGGCGUGAGGUGAUCGUCGAGGAAGUGACUCUCUCAGAGAUCAUCGAAAUCACCGCCUGUUCGCGAGUGUUGUGGAUGCUGAGAAAUGACGGGAGGAUGCUUGGUGUUUUGGCUGAAAAGUCCGGGUAUUUACUUUACCGAAUCCGGAACGAGAUCCCGCUUCGUCGGAUUACGGUCGAUCGAGACGGGAAUCUCUGGGCAAUAGGGCAACAAGAGAUUUACCGCAAAAAUGGAACAAUCCGGGAAAUUCGACGCUCUCGACCUCUCGAAUACGAGAUUCCGUGGGAGAAAAUCGAAAUGAACGACAUUUCGAUGAUCACUAUCUUU